AUGAGUAGAAGAGUAAUGCUCGAUCUCGCAGUCCACACUAGUUUAGGAAAACAAAAGGAAUUAGGACUUGCUCGUGUAUUGGGUUCCGGAGCUUCAGGAAUAUUUGAAUUAAUUAUAUUUCAUCCUGUUGAUACUAUUUCAAAACGUUUAAUGACUAAUCAACAAAAAGUUUUUAUAUCUGGUGCACCAUUAUCUCAAGUUCUUGAUAAUUUAGAGCGAGCCGUAUUUAAAGAUAAGCAUUCCGCAAAUCUUUUACAUAAAUACACAUCAUUGUUUCCAGGAUUAGGUUAUGCAGGUGGAUACAAAGUACUCCAAAGAAUUUAUAAAUAUGGUGGUCAACCAUAUGUAAGAGAUUAUAUCAACAGCAAUCAUCAAGAUGUAUUCUAUAAAUUAUUCGGUGAAAAAAGUGGCAAAACUAUAAUACAUGCCACUGCUGGAAGUUUAAUUGGGAUCGGAGAGGUGGCACUUUUACCAUUAGAUGUAAUGAAAAUUAAACGUCAAACAAAUCCUAAAACAUUAAAAGACAGAAAUAUUUUCAAAGUUUUUUGGGAUGAAGGACUUGGACUUUAUAGAGGUGGCCUUUGGACAGCAGCACGUAAUGCACCAGGAAGUUUUGCAUUAUUUGGUGGAUCAGCUUUUGUUAAAGAAUAUUUGUUUGGAUUAAAAGAUUAUUCUAAAGCAACAUUUUUUCAAACUUUCUGCGCAUCAAUUGGUGGUGCUAUUGCUUCUAUAAGUGUCGCUCAACCACUUGAUGUAAUUAAAACUCGUAUCCAAAAUAGACCUUUUGAUUCACCUGAAACUGGAACACAAAUUAUUUGCAAAAUGAUACACAAAGAAGGCACAAGUGCAUUCUUUAAAGGAAUAACACCUAAAAUGAUCAUUGUUGGUCCUAAAUUAGUUUUCUCUUUCACAAUUGCACAACAAUUAAUUUCAAUAUUAAACAAUUUCUUUUCAUCUAAAGGAGUAGUCAAACCAAAUCCUCUCUAA